AUGAGCGCACUUGAGAAAAAGGAGGAAUCAUCAUCAAUUGCAUCUAAUACAGUUGAUAAGAAUAAUACCGAUGAUAUGGAUUCAAAGGAGGUUCUUGAUGAUGUCAACUUUAAUGAAGAGUCUCCGAUAGAAACUAUUAAAAUAGUUGAACCAAAGCCAGCUACAAUUACUGCCGAAGAUAUGCAAAUGAAGUCGAUCAAAAUCGACGACGAUGAUGAUGGCGAAAUUGAAGAAAAGAAUGCUAACGGUAAAAAACCUUUGUUAGAUGAAAAACGUCCAUCAUUACCAAAGAGAACUUCUAUUACAAAUUCUUUAAAGAAAAAGACAAAUAUCACUGUCGCUUCUUCCGAUGUAGAUAAUAUUAGUCAUAAUCCUAUAUUAAUUCAGUUAAAGGAAGCAUUCCCAAAUAUUGAGGAAAAAUAUAUUAUUUCUGUAAUUAUUGCUUCUCAAGGUGUGGUUGAUUCUGCAUUCCAUGCUCUAUUAUAUCUAUCUGAUCCAGACUCGAAUAAAGACAUUGAAUUACCAAAAGUUAAUAGUUUGAAUAGUAGAGUAAAGAAUACAUCUCAACUGAAACAAGAUGAAAUGUUAGCUCGUCAACUAGAUCAACAAUUUAAUUCUCGUCGUCAACAUUAUUCUAACAGAAGUAAAUCUAGAAAUGGGGUGAGCAGCAGUAGUAGUAGCAAUAAUAUUAAUAAUACUGGCUUUGGUAGGACUCCAGAAGAAGAUAUCAGAUUAGCCGAAGCAAGACGUCAAGAUCGCGAAAGAAGACGUCGCAGUCCGAUGACACCUGAAGAGAGAAGAGAGAUUUAUGGCGAUGAAGAUGAGGAUAGUUGGUCUCAUUUUGUAGAAAAGGAUAUCCCUGAAGUGGCCAAUGCUGUCAGUAACACAUUCCAAGAGACUGCAACUAAGGUAAGUAAUUGGUUUAGUGGUGUUAAGAAUAGUUGGAAUAACCCACAACAGGACCAGUACCAAACUCAAAGAGUUCGUGGUCCAAAUAGAAAUGUGGGAUUUGAGUAUGAUCAAGAGCAGAUUAGACAACAAGAAGAGGCUUUUAGAUUUUAUGAAAGACAAAAGAGAAACCAAGAACAACAGCAGCAACAGGAAGAAGAAAAAGAUUUACCAAAACUACCAGAAAGACGCAGAUUUAAUUCAUUUGGGGAACGCGUUGGUGAAGACGAUGUUUUACAAACACAUGGUAUAAUGUUAAAAAAUGAUGAAUUUUCUGAUAACGAAGACGUUCCUCCACAGCUACCAAAGAGAGAAAGAAAACAAGGUUCCGAAGACAUUGAUAGUAAAAAACAUACUGUUACCGAUGAUCUAUAUAAUGAAGAGGCUGACUUAUCCAUCAUUACAAAUGAAAAUAAAGUCAUUCCACAAACUACUUUUAUUGAUACACCAAAGGAUAAGGCUACUACAAAGCCUUGGAAACUCGACGAACUAGACUCUACACCGACAAAGGGAGACAAAACAAUUGAAUUAAAUGAGAAUAUUGUAAUUAACUCUGAUGAUGAAGAAUUAUAA